CUCACGAUAUUCUAAAUUUCUAAUUUCUACUUGUUCCUCUCCAACCACCAUAAAUUACCCAGAAGAAGAAAAAAGAUUAAGAUCUAAGGGAGGAAAGUUGAAAGUUUCUGCUACUCACCAUUCUCAAUUCAUCGAUGUUUAUCGGGUUCUGAAUUUUAAUAAGUAUUAAAUACUUGUAAGCAUUCGUUGGGAGUCAGCUUUUAACCUCAGCUGUCCCUUUUCUUGCAUUUGAUCGUCUCUUUACCGAGUGGUGGGUUCUCUACUGAUCACCGCCUAAGAGAUUCCAAAUUGAUUAAAUAAAUAGAAAUCAGAAUUAUCCGCUUCUGGGCUCCGCUCCCAGGUGGCGUUUCUGCAAUUCCAGAAAUGGGCAGCGGUUGUAAGGAGUGCGAGAAUUUGCCCUUUCCUUCCGAGAAAUUUGAGAAUGGUCGGUUCGAAGAAGGGAGUCAGAUAUGUUCCAAGGGAGGGAAAAGGACGAGGUUCUGGAAGAAGGUGAAGUAUCAGCUCGUCGAGUACCACUCAUUGCCCGAGUAUUUGAGGGACAAUGAGUUCAUUUUGGGUCAUUACAGAUCUGAAUGGCCUCUGAAGCAAGUGCUCUUAAGCAUAUUUUCUAUUCACAACGAGACUCUCAAUGUCUGGACGCACUUGAUAGGUUUCUUCCUUUUCCUAUCCCUUACAAUAUAUACUGCAAUGAAAGUUCCAAAAGUUGUGGAUCUCCAGUCCCUGCCUCAUCUCCCUGAUGUGCUGAGAAAAGCUGAUCUGCACGAGCUAUUGACUUGCCUUCCUUCCAUGCCUAACAUGCCUGAUUUGCAAAAGCUGCGAGAUGAGUUCAAAACAUCCUUGCCUUCGAUGGAUAUGCUUCCAUCAUUGUCUGGUUGGCAUAUUCCGGAACUUCUUGCAAACUGUUUGCCUGAGCGGUUCUCCCACAGCAACCAUACUGAUCCUUGUGUUCUGCGUAGCAUGAAGGAGGAUGUGGUAAAUAUGAUAGCACCCUUGAUGGUAAGACCAAUCACACGGUGGCCAUUCUUUGCUUUUAUGGGUGGAGCCAUGUUUUGUCUAUUAGCCAGCAGCACUUGCCAUCUUCUCUCCUGCCACUCUGAGCGCCUCUCUUACAUCAUGCUCAGGCUUGACUACACUGGCAUUGCCGCCCUCAUAUCAACCUCCUUUUAUCCUUCUGUGUACUACUCCUUCAUGUGCAACCCCUUCUUCUGCAAUCUCUACUUAGGCUUCAUUACACUGCUGGGGAUCGCCACGAUUGUGGUGUCUCUCCUCCCAGUCUUCCAAAACCCAGAGUACCGCAGCAUACGCGCCAUGCUCUUCUUUGGCAUGGGCAUGUCAGGGGUAGCUCCCAUAAUGCACAAACUAAUCCUGUUCAGAAACCAACCAGAGGCCCUCCACACCACAGGUUACGAGAUAUUGAUGGGUGCUUUGUAUGGGAUUGGGGCCCUGGUGUACGCAACUAGGAUUCCCGAGCGGUGGAGGCCAGGGAAAUUUGACAUUGCUGGUCACAGCCACCAGCUGUUUCAUGUGUUGGUCGUGGCUGGAGCAUACACUCACUAUCGUGCAGGGUUGGUUUAUCUCAAGUGGAGGGACCUUGUAGGGUGUUAAAAGAAUGAAUCAAAGGAUUAGGUGGAUGGGUGUGUAAUGUAAGCAGACAUGUUUCUGGAUCACUCCCCAUUAAAACUCGAUUUCAAUGUAUGAGAACAUGAAGGAAUAUUGAGUGAUAUAGUAGAAUCCACCAUUUGCUUGUUUUCCAAUGUGCAAUGACCAAUAGAUUUGAUGCCUUUUCAUUUC